AUGUUUCAUAAUCAAGUUACUUAUCCAACUAAUUCUAAUCCACAAUCAAUUGCUGCAAUGGAUUUAAAUAAUGACGAUAUGCCUGAUAUUGUAGUUGCAAACAACGCAGAUCACACCGUUAGUGUUCUUCAUAAUGUAGGCGACGGCACAUUCCUUGGACAACCUGCUUACGCAGCAGGUGCUUAUGCACAGUCGCCAAUAGUAGCCGACUUGAAUGGUGAUAACAAAUCAGAUAUUGUUGUUGCCAACUCUCGUUCCAACAAUAUCGGUUGUUUUCUAGCAUCGCUAGGCAUUGAUUAUGAGCUCGUUUCAUUAUUUUGUUCACCGUGA